CGUGCUCUGGUGAUGGGCUCUGCACAGGUGCCAUAUGGUUGUGACCACCAGUAGAUGACCAGCACAAGGCCAGCUGAAGCCACUGGGCUUUGCCCCACGGGUCUCCUCCCAUUUCCCAGUGUUGGGUUGAGGAGCGGUGGCUGCAGCUCAUCCCUGGCAGGAGCAGAAGAUGCAGGAGGCUGCGUAGCAGGUUUCUGAGCAGCUGCUGACAUCUCAGCCCCACUGGAUCUGGCUGCGCCUGACGGUACCAUGAACUGAGCACGGAGCCAACGCAAAACUCCUUUUUUUUUUUUUUUUUUUUUUUUUUUUUUUUUUUUUUUUUUUUUGGGGUUUGUUUUCCCUCGGAGAAAAAAAAAAAAAGCCCCCCACGCUCUUUAAUGAAAGCAUUUUAAAGCGGGGUUCCUUCUCCCCUCCCCUGAGCCGAAGUCGUCCCGGGUGCGGCGAGGAUUUCCGGAGAAGAUGGGGAGAAAAAAGAUCCAGAUCCAGCGGAUCACGGACGAGCGCAACCGGCAGGUGACCUUCACCAAGCGCAAGUUUGGCUUGAUGAAGAAAGCCUACGAGCUGAGCGUGCUGUGCGACUGCGAGAUCGCCCUCAUCAUCUUCAACCACUCCAACAAGCUGUUCCAGUAUGCCAGCACCGACAUGGACAAGGUGCUGCUCAAGUACACCGAGUACAACGAGCCCCACGAGAGCCGGACCAACGCGGACAUCAUCGAGACGUUAAGAAAGAAAGGUUUUAACGGCUGUGACAGCCCAGAGCCCGACGGCGACGACUCCAUAGACCAGAGCCCCUUGAUGGAGGAUAAAUACCGCAAAGGCAGCGAGGAUCUGGAUAUCCUGUUCAAGCGAUACGGUUCCACAGUGCCCGCUCCGAACUUCGCCAUGCCCGUGACGGUGCCGGUGACCAACCAGAACACGCUGCAGUUCAGCAACCCGGGCAGCUCGCUGGUGACCCAGUCCCUCGUGACCUCCUCGCUGACAGACCCCCGGCUCCUGUCGCCGCAGCAGCCGGCGUUGCAGAGGAACACGGUGUCCCCAGGGCUGCCACAGCGGCCAGCCAGUGCAGGGGCGAUGCUUGGGGGAGACCUGAACAACACGAACGGAGCCUGCCCCAGCCCCGUGGGGCUGGCCGGAUCCAUGCUGGGUGGACAUGGCAAUGACAGCAGCAAUGAGAGCCCAAGGCCACCCAUCUUUGGGGGAAAUGGCUACGUGAGCGCCCGAGCCUCUCCGGGUCUCCUUCCCGUGUCCAACGGCAGCAGCCUGGGCAAGAUCAUCCCGGCCAAGUCGCCGCCGCCGCCCUCGCACGGCGCGCCGCUGGCCGCCAACAGCCGCAAGCCCGACCUGCGCGUCAUCACCUCGCAGAGCGGCAAGGGGCUCAUGCACCACCUGACCGAGGACCACUUGGCUCUGCAAAACACGCAGCGGUUGGGUGUCUCUCAAGCAACUCACUCUCUGACCACACCAGUUGUUUCUGUGGCGACUCCGAGUUUGCUGACACAGGGGCUGCCCUUCUCAGCCAUGCCCACAGCAUACAACACAGAUUAUCAGCUGACGAGCGCUGAGCUGUCCUCGCUGCCGGCGUUCAGCUCACCUGGAGGGCUGUCCCUUGGCAACAUCUCUGCCUGGCAGCAGCAGCAGCAGCAGCAACAGCAGCAGCAGCAGCAGCAGCAGCAACAACAGCAGCAACAGCAGCAGCAACAGCAGCAGCAGCAGCAGCAGCCGCAGCAGCAGCCGCAGCAGCAGCACCUGGUCCCGGUGUCACUAGGAAACUUAAUACAAGGGAGCCACUUGUCCCACACCACCACUUUGACUGUCAACACCAACCCCAACAUCAGCAUCAAGUCGGAGCCCGUCUCGCCCAACCGGGAGAGGAACACUGCCACCCCGCUCAGCACCUUCCCCCACCAGCCCCGGCACGAGCCCACCGGCCGCUCGCCCGUCGACAGCCUCAGCAGCAACACCAGCUCCUACGAGGGCAGCAGUGAGCGGGACGAUCCCGCCCGCGCCGAUUUUGGCUCCUCCCUGGGCCUCCUGCGACCCACCAGCGAGCCCGAGGGGGAGAGCCCCUCCGUAAAGCGCAUGCGGUUGGAUACCUGGGUCACAUAACGCGUCCCCAGCAUCCCUGGGAGCUCCAGGAGGG